UCUUUUGAAAAAGAAGUGAUAACACAGAGAAGGCUAACGUACUUUGGUCCAAGGUGAAAAAAUGGGUGUGACUGGAAUAUAUUUAUCCAAGAUGGAGAAUAAUCUACCAGUAAGCUUUUGUGGAGACAUACUAUACAACAAAUACCAACAUCCUGGUGGAGAUUCCCCAGAAGUCACAAACUCAAUAAAACCACUUGCAGAGGAAGAAAUUUCCCCUUGUCAGGAAAGUACUGUUGAAGAGCCUCCCCCAGUUCUCAAAGAGCUUCCAACAAUGGUAAGAGCAGCAAGAUCUUCUCCAUCACAUGGCAGACGUCCAAGAGGUGCACGAUCAUCACAUAAAAGAUGCCGGCACCUGGCACCCCUUGCUGAAGAAGAAGGUCCAUUUUCAGAAAAAAAUGUUCGCACAGCUUUCAUGAGGAAAAUAUAUCUCAUGUUGACACUUCAGCUGGGCUUCACCGUUGGUAUAAUUUGCAUGUUCAUCUACUGGAAAUUUCUUAAAAUAUGGGUACGGAGACGUCCAUGGUUUUGUUAUGCCCUCUUACCAGCAAUUUUGAUUCUAGCUAUUGCACUAGCCUGUUGUGAUCAAGCUCGCAGAAAAUUCCCGCUGAACAUCAUUUUGUUGUUAGUAUUUACAAUUUCUGAGGGUAUGUUGCUUGGAUCGAUUGCAGCUUUCUUCGAAGCGGACCCAGUGAUGUGGGCUGUUGGUGCCACUGCAUUUGUGACAUUGGGAAUUUCUAUUUUUGCUCUGCAGACAAAAUGGGACAUAACCAUCACAUCAGGAGUCCUGCUAGUUUUGUUUUUUGUCUUGAUUGCUAUUGGAGUUCUUUGCGCUAUCCUGCAAUCACUGUGGGUACGAAUAAUAUAUGCUGCUGUUGGAACACUACUUUUUAGCAUAUAUCUGGUGGUGGAUACACAACUAAUGCUGGGAAAGAAGCACCACUACCGCCUGAAUCCUGAGGACUAUAUUUUUGCAGUACUGAACGUCUACAUUGACAUUUUUAAUAUGUUUUUGUUUAUACUGCAAUUUGUUGGUUUUAGGAAGUGA